AUGUUAAUUAAGAAAUCAAAUCCUUCCAGCCAUCUUAAACUAUAAUCAGAAUAUAGGUAAAUUCCAUUUCAAUAUCAAGAUAGUCAUGGUCUGAAUUAAUGAGAGUAUAAAGCAUGACAAAUCUAUCCAAUACUAGUAAAUGCUAAUGCUACUUAAUAUAUAGGCAGAGUAGUCAAAUUUUCAAUUAAAGAGUUUUUAGAGAAAUAAUAAAAGGGUGAAAUCACGAAGAAGCCUUCCUAAAAAGAAAAUUUUAUCUCGAAAAUUGCUCCAAUCAAAAUAGAGACUCAGAAGUCAAAAAAUAAUUCGCCUCGUUUUCGAAUAAAGAUCAUCUAAAGUCCUCAAAGUACAAAUCGAACAACCUUAUCUAAAUCAUCUUAAGUUUCUCCAAUAAGACAAAACAUAGUGAUUCUAUAAAAAGAUGUCAUUAAUGAAUCCUAACCGAAUCUAUAGACUAACCAUUUAGAAAGAUAACAGGAGGAAACUCUAUCGAUUUCAAAUAAAUCUCCAACAAGAAAAGACAAUUUGGCUCUCAUAAAAUCUAAAGAUAUUGCUAUAGAGUAGGAAAAAUUACUAAAAGAAGAUCUUAAACCUCCAAAGAGGUCUAAAAAGGAAUUAAAAGGUUGCUUAUUUAGAGCCUUAAGAAAACUUAAAGAAAUGAACAUUAAUACUAAAAUACUGCUGCAAAAGUAAAUUUUCUCUAAAAAGCCAUAUCAAAAACCAAAUUCUCAGGAGUUCAUUCAUUCUGUUAAAUUGAAUCAAUUAGACAAAGUGAGACAAUACUUGGAAAAGAAUAAAUACAUAGUGUUUGAUUUUGAUUACUUUAAUAUGACAGCUCUGCAUUGGUCCAGCAAAAAGGGAUUAUAUGAAAUGACUGAAUUUUUAAUAAAAAAUCAUGCAGAUGUUGAUGCAAUUGACAUUUUGAAUAGAACUCCUCUCUACUUAGCAAUUCAAGAAAAUAAUAUUCCAAUUAUAGAAGUAGAGCUUUCUCUAUUAAUUUUAGUUAUUAUUAAGGCAUAAAGCAUAUCCUUGGUCAACUUCGAUGACAGAUUUAGGAGAAGUAGUUGGAAAUAACAAAAGAAUAAGAAAAAUAUUGACUUAGAUAAGAAGAGUAUUAUAUAUAAAUCAUCUUUAAGGUUGAUAUAAUAAAUAUGUGGGGUGAGAAAAAGUUGAAAGAAGAGUUUUUUUGA